AUGUUUGGCCCCAGGCAAAGCUCGCACGACGGGAUCACCGUCAGCCAUGUGGCCGUGGACGAGCUGAGGAAAUCGUUGUCCGGAUCGGAUCAAAAAAUCUUUGAUAAAUUCACGGAAUACAUGUCAAAGUAAGUAAUUUACAGUUCUCUUCCCUUCAUUUUCUAUUGGACUCUUAAUAUGGUUCAAAACGUCUGCUGCUAUGAGACAGUGGAAUAAAAGUUCCACUAAUAUUAUAGAUCUUUGGUCUCUCAACAUGCAUGCAAAGUUUUAGAGUCUCAUUUUAAGGCCUUCUCUUGUAAUCUGAGUCGGCAUUUUCGUCAAUUAUUUGGGCCAAAAAUCGCAAAAAUGUGUUCAAAUUUCCUCCACUAAAUUAAUAAUAUCUCCUCUAAGUAAAACGUGGUUUUAUAAAGAGGUUACUUUAUAACGACUGAUUUUAUCAGACAUACGAUUAACCCUAACAUGACGCUCUACCGCACUAGCAUCCUUUCAAAAAUCAAAGUUUUACCUGCUCACCGUCAGCCAAUAAAACCACUAGCCUCUCACUUUCAGAUACCGCCGUUCCUACGCCGAUGAGGACGAGCUCCGUCAUCGUUAUCGGAUAUUCCGUCAAACCAUCAAAGAGAUGAAAUCCCGCUCCCUAAUCGACGACAUUAACACCGAUCACUUCACCGAAUUCACCGAUUGUCUUCCCGAAGAGUCCGUUACUGACUGUGGAUUUGAUUCUUAUGUGAAACGAAGGGUCUAG